UUAGAACUCGUAUCAUUUAAUGAUAAUUACCUGCCAUGAAAAGGUUAGCGGGAAGUGGAGCUUCAUAUACUUAAUCAGAAAGAAACCCCGCUUUAAGUACAGAUACCUAAGUACAGUACCUAGGUAACUAAAUCGAGCUGGCGGGGUAUCCCGAUAACGAAAAACCAACAACUCGAUCGUGGAUUGUCAAUUAGGAGAUCUCUAUCCGCAGAUUACUGGUAACUUGUAGGUUUCCGACAGUACAGUCUGAUGGUCUAUUGGACAGUUUCUUGGCCGAUUUCCACCGUAUACUUAGAUACGUCAAGAGCGUCAGGGCGAUCGGGGCCUCUUUCAAGCUUACAUCCAGCCGGAACUACUGGCUCGACGAAACUCUGCUCAAUUUAGAUACUACUAUUAUUCCAUCGACUCCUGCAGUUUAUCUGCACUAGGAGCAUACUUCCUCUCGUUAUCAAACUGCAGAACUUCAGGCUAGUCUUGGAAAAAUGACGACAACAACCAUGACCGCAAGUACCUCUACCCAACCAACUCCAUACCUCGACGCUCUACAACGCGACGGAUUCGUCGUCGUUCGAUCUCUACUCUCCCCAUCGGAAAUAUCAUCCCUCAAAGAAGCCGCCACAACAGCCACGACAUUAACACGUUCAGGUGGCUGGCCCCAUUUCCGCACUGUCCCCAAACAGUUUCCCCCAUGGCCCAAGACGCCGCCUCCAGCUUCCGAGGGCGGUAUCUGGGGUGUGCAGCAUCUGCUACACCCCGAUAUGCCGGGGCGAGAGGAAUUUGCGAAAUUCUAUUUUUCAGAUAAAGUGCUGCGGGUGGUUGGGGAAUUGGUGGGCGUAUCAACGACAACCGCAGAGGAUAACCCAGAAGAGCCUCUUGUCAUGGAACUAUUCAACCUGCUCGUGGCUCCCGAGACGAAGGACUUUGAACUUCGUUGGCACCGUGACGAUAUUUCUGCGGAAGUCACCCCAGAAGAGGAGCUGGAGCAACUCCACGCUAAGAGUCCUCAUGGCAAGCAGUCGCACGCGCAGUAUAACCUCGCUUUAUGUCCGGAUACAUCUCUCAUUGUGAUCCCGGGGUCUCAUCGUCGUGCUCGUACUGAGAUCGAGCGUAAUGCUGCGCCUUAUGAACCGAGCUUGCCGGACCAGCUGGUCGUGGAAUUGCAGCCGGGUGAUGCGGCUUUCUAUGAUAGCAAUAUCCUCCACCGUGGAGUGUAUAAGGCUAAACCUGAAGGUGGAGAGGAGACGAGGUUGACGUUGCACGGCAGUGUCGGGCUGAGGGGUACUGAUGAGGAUGGAGGCACGAAGAAAGUCAGGGCGACAGCAGUCCUGCAACAUGGAGUGGGCGCCUGGGUGGAUAGAGAUGAUGCUGGGUUCGGGCUGGGGAAGAGAGCUGAAGACAUGAGGAAGAACCUUAUGGCGAUGGGCAAGGGUGAUGAUGUUGGGUAUUCUCUGCAAGGUUGAGAAUAGUGUCUAUGUCUAUGCAUAGACACAGUCUCUCAAUAUACCAUUGUAUGCUAUCACACCAGAUAUAUGUACAACUCUAAGGAAAGGAUGAAUGCAGAACUCA